GGGAAGGGGUGUGGCUGAUUUUGGAAGCCGAAGCUAAGGCGCAAUUUUUAUCGGAUUGGAAUCGCGGGAAAACGGAGAGGAGGGUAUCUAAAGAUCUCGCGAGAUGGACUGAGCUAGGCUAGUCAGAAUUAGGCGGUCUCUCGCGAUACAUAGAGGAAGCUGUCAGCUGGUGGGAGGGAAAUGUGGUGAAGCCUCUCGCGAGACUUGAAGGUACCGCGGCGGCCAGAAGGAGGGCAGGUUUGUAAACCGGGGUGUUGCAGGGUCCUAGGCACUAGCGGGGAAACGACUAAGUAGUCAUCUGAUGCAUCGGUGCUCCUUUCAUCGCCACAGGCACUGCCUCCACCUCUGACCUUUCUUUUAAUCGGUCUUUUAGAACCGGAAGUCCUUAGUCGUGAGCGUCCAAUGCUGGAAGCGGCCUGACUUUCCUUGCCGGAAACUCUUUUCCAGGGGAUGGGAAGACGGCCCACCUGGCCGGAAGUCCCACCCCUUUGAGCUCCCCCUCCCUUCCAGAAGUUUUUCUGUCACCUGUGCUGGUCUCCGUCCCCUUUCCCGGUUUUAUUCCUAUAUCAGAAAAGGGUUAUUUUUAGUCUCUCCCUCCCAGCUCCAAUAGACUAGUUGGGUACCUCACUCCCCGAGUCGGAGGUCCUUUCCCGAGCCCCCAUGUAGCUGGGAAGUGGGACCUGGGGGUGGUUGGACCCCUGGGAUCCUGAAGGAGGGCCAGAGAGGGCGCAGAACUCCGUUUCUGUUCCUGUUAUCCGGACGCGGCCCCCUCCGCCUCUCCUCCCGCUGCCAUGCACCCUGCGGCCUUCCCGCUUCCUGUGGUUGUGGUCACUGUGCUGUGGGGAGCGGCCCCCAGCCGGGGGCUCAUUCGAGCGAUCUCGGACCACAAUGCCAGCAUGGAUUUUGCAGACCUCCCAGCUCUCUUCGGGGCUGCUUUGAGCCAGGAGGGACUUCAGGGCUUCCUUGUGGAGGCUCACCCAGACAAUGCCUGCAGCCCCAUUGCCCCACCACCCCCAGCCCCGGUCAACGGGUCAGUCUUUAUUGCACUGCUUCGAAGAUUCGACUGCAACUUUGACCUCAAGGUCCUAAAUGCUCAGAAGGCUGGGUAUGGUGCAGCUGUGGUACACAAUGUGAAUUCCAAUGAACUUCUGAACAUGGUGUGGAAUAGUGAGGAAAUCCAGCAGCAGAUCUGGAUCCCGUCUGUGUUUAUUGGGGAGAGGAGCUCCGAGUACCUGCGUGCCCUCUUUGUCUACGAGAAGGGGGCUCGGGUGCUUCUGGUCCCAGACAAUAGCUUCCCCUUGGGCUAUUACCUCAUCCCUUUCACAGGGAUUGUAGGACUGCUGGUUUUGGCCAUGGGAGCAGUGAUGAUAGUUCGUUGCAUCCAGCAUAGGAAACGGCUCCAGCGGAAUCGACUGACCAAAGAGCAGCUGAAACAGAUCCCUACACAUGACUAUCUGAAGGGAGACCAGUAUGAUGUGUGUGCCAUCUGCCUGGACGAAUAUGAGGAUGGGGACAAGCUGAGGAUACUCCCCUGUGCUCACGCUUAUCACAGCCGCUGUGUGGACCCCUGGCUCACUCAAACCCGGAAGACCUGCCCCAUCUGCAAGCAGCCUGUGCAUCGGGGUCCUGGGGAUGAGCAGGAGGAAGAAACCCAGGGACAAGAGGGUGAUGAGGAAGGGGAGCCAAGGGACCAGCCUGCCUCAGAACGGACCCCUCUUCUGGGCUCCAGCCCCACACCUCCCUCCUCCUUUGGCUCUCUAGCUCCAGCCCCCCUUGUCUUUCCUGGGUCUUCAACAGACCCCUCACCCUCUACCUCUUCAGCUGCCAUCCUGGUUUAAUACUCCCUUCCGCACCACCUCUGAUGACCUGUUUGCACAGCCCCUCUUGCUCUCUCCAGUCUUCUAGUUUUGAGGGAUAGGAAACACUUCCACCCCAGAUUUCUCCCCUUACCCAGCUCCGUCCUUUUGAAGGGGUUCGGGGUACAAAGGGACAGGGUCUUCACUUACUGGGUUAAUAAAACUGUUUUUGU